AUGGGCGGUGGCGACCGUAGACAUACCAUUAGCGACACACAAGAUGGCAGUAUUCCUGGGGGGGUCGACAGCGGCAGCCGUGAUAACGGUAGAACGAAGGCCUUUGUGUGCGAAAUUCCACAACAUGAAUGCAAGAAGCAAUUCAGCACCAAAGCCGAGCUUAAGGCAUGCACCAACUCGGCCAAGAAGUGGCCACGCGCCGACAACUUCAGGGGUCAUCUGAUAAAUGUUCACAAGUUGAAGAAGGAUGUCGAUCUGAACUACCAUUUUGUCCCUGAACGACAUGACAUGAAACACCAGAAACGCCAUGAUCGGCCCUAUGGCUGCACGGCGCCCAACUGCAACAAGGUAUUUGGAAGCAAGAACGACUGGAAGAGGCACGAGCGCGGCCAGCAUUUCAAACUGGAGACGUGGAAGUGCCAGGAGAAGGUGGAGACGACAAGUAAUGGCAGUGCUGCUAGCGACGAGGCGGGCAACAAAGCUAGCAACGAUGCUAGCGGUAAGCCCAAGCUGUGUGAUAGGCGAUUCUACCUCUGCGAGGAGUUUAUGAGCCACCUGGAGGAGCACCACGGCAUAUGUGAGGCCAGGAAGCGCGAGGAGAAGGCCAAGUGCUGCCUCUCCGGUGGCAAACAUGACCAGCACUGGAGUUUCUGGUGUGGAUUUUGCAAGACAAAAAUACCUGGGCCGUCAGACCGUGAUAAUGCCUUGCGAGGCAGCCUUAGUGGACCAGGCAAGAAGCACAACAAGAAAAGGGGGGCCGACGAAGGCGCCGAGAGCAAGAGCAAGGGUGGGGAGAUGGCGAAGGAUUUCGACGCCUUCUUGCGCUGGCGCUCUGAUCACAUCGACGCGCAUUUUGUCGGCCGUGGGGAAAACAACAAGCAGGACAUAUCCAAAUGGGUCCACAUGGAUGCAGCUGGGCGAUUGGGCAAUCAAGCGGCAGGAUCGUCAUCUUCAGCUGCGCAGAAGCGAGGCUACGAGAGGGCGGCUGGUGGCAGCAGGGGGGGUAGGCUGCCUUUCAAAAAACGAAAGACGGCGGUAAACCCGGGGGGCUAA